AGAAAAGUCCAAUAAAUCCAUGGCCCAGCUUUGGAUUAAGGGCAAAAAUGUAAGCAAAUCAUGGCCACGCUUGUCGCGCCGUCUUGCGUCUCCUCCACUCUCCGCCCCUGCUUCAGAGCUUCACCGGGGAGCAUCAACGUUAGGGUUAAUUACUUUGCUCCGAUCCGAGUUACGAUUCGGACUCUUCUGACUCGAGCCGAUUCGAAUUCGAUGAGCCAGCCUAGCUCCGAGCCCACCGCCAGUGAAUCUGGUUCCGUGCCUUCGGUAACCAACGCUUCAACGCCGGAGAACAACAGUAACGACGAUGUUCUGGUUCAGUACGUUGUGCUGCGUAGAGACCUAAUAGACACGUGGCCGCUCGGUAGCGUGGUGACGCAGGGCUGCCAUGCCGCCGUCGCUGCCAUUUGGUCGUACAAGGACGAUCCUCACACUCUCCAGUAUUGCAGCCAGGAAAACAUUGACUCUAUGCAUAAGGUUACCCUUGAGGUGAAGGGAGAAACCCAGCUUGUGAAUUUAUCAGAGAAGCUCAAAGCUGGUGACAUUCCUUAUAAACUAUGGAUCGAACAACCUGAAAACAUACCAACUUGUCUUGCAACAAAACCAUCUCGCAAGUCAAUUGUGUCGCCAUUUUUCAAAAAGCUGAAGCUUUGUAAGUGAUGGUCUGAUGAUAAUAUCUUCUGUAACUGCCUGGAUGAUUAUUUCCUCUUUUCCAUUCCUUCCUCAUUGGCGUGCAAUGGAAGCAAAACUGAGACACUGUUGUUUUGCGGCGUGGUGUAGGGAGUUGCGCUGUGCCUUUUUUGUGUUGUUCUCCUCUGGGUUCCUAGGUUGAUGGGUUGGGCCCAUUAAAGUUCUUGAAAUUUUUAUUGGCAUUCAUUUAUGUUGGGCUCUUUAAUUCGAAAUCGACCCCAAUCCAAUUUGUCUUUCAA